GAUCUCCGCUUCGUAUUCGUCUUGCUCAAACGCCAGGAGCCUUGCUGACCUUGCACUCUCCUGUGUGGAUGAUGGCGGAGAGGCCUGGACCAACGAAGCGGCUGUUCCUGACUGUUGGCACGACAAGCUUUGACCGACUGGUUGAUGCAGUUGACCAGAUCACCUUCCUUGACAAGCUGGCGGCGCUCGGAUUCUCGAGAUUCAUCAUGCAGAUCGGAAAGUGGGAUGGACUGCGACAAGGGAAUGAGUGCAGCAAGCGUGUGAAUGAUGUGGCUUGGUGUGCGUUUGUGUGUCAAUCAGGGGUGAGCGUGAGCCUCGUGUAGCAUCUCAUGCUGGUGUCAGUGUGGAGUGGUUUCGGUUCAAGCCGACGCUGGAUGACGAGAUCAGGGCGGCCGACCUGAUCAUCAGCCAUGCAGGAGCAGGCAGCAUACUCGAGGCACUCAGGGCACAGGUAUCGAUGCACGCACACACGCAGGACGGAACGAACAGGUGUGUCCGCUCUCAUCUGUGUGCGCCUUUUGGUCUGACGUGUGUGUCAGAAGCGUCUGCUUGUGGUGAUCAAUGAUGCGUUGAUGGACAACCACCAGACGGAGGUGGCUGAGGCUAUGCACGACGACAACUACCUCACCACCGCCACAUCGCCAGCACCAGACGUGCUCCUCACAAAGGCAAGCUCACCUCUCACACACAGGCAGCAAUCUGCUUUGCACAAUUCACCAGGCCUGGCCACUCUCCAUCUCUCUCGCUGUCUGUGUGUGCGUGUUAUGGAUAGGUAGAGGAGGCUCUUGUCCGGCCGCUUGACCCCUACCCCCCUUGCGACCGCAGCAAGUUCUACGAAGCCAUACAAAGGCACACGGGCGUACCGCCGGUCGGCUCUGACGACACGCAAGACUGACUCUGCAGCAGGCCUUUCUG